GCCUGUGGGGCUGCGCCACGUUUGCUUACGCGCAGCUUCAUAAAGAGGGAGGUGCGGAAGCUUUCUCUGCCCCUUCCCCCCAGCGCAGCCUUUGCUAUGGCUGGCCUGAACGUCUCCAUUGCUUUUUUCUUCCUGGUGGUCGGGGUGGCCCAGGCGCUCAGGUGGCUUUCCAAGAGGCUUCUGCCUCCUGGACCGUAUGGCUGCCUGGCCAGAGAACUCGCCAGCUCGUUGCAGUUGUGCACAAGCUGCCUCGAGCUGAGGAUGCUGUUGGAGAUUGGCCCAUGGGGUGGUGGCUUUGGCCCGGACGUGGUCCUGACUCUGCUCUUCAUCCUCUUUGCUGUUCACAGCGCCUCUUUUGAUGGAGCAUCCGCCAACCCCACCAUCUCUCUCCAGGAGUUCUUGCUGCUCGAGUCCAACCUCGCCGCGACUGCUGCCAAGCUGCUGGCCCAGGCUGUGGGCAUGGGGACGGGCUGGGCUGUCACCAAGCUCUACUGGUCUUGGGAGCUGACACAUUUCCACCUCAUCCAGAACCUGAUAAUGUCGGAGUGCAGCUCCUCCAUCCACACGUCUCUGCACCACGCUGCCUUUGCAGAAGGCACCUGCUCUUUCCUUUUCCACCUUGUCCUUCUCAAGUUGUGCCGGAGUCACCCAAUCUACCGGGUCCCUGCGCUGGCAGCGACUGUCACCUUCCUGACCUACACAGCUGGACCGUUCACGGGGGCCUUCUUCAACCCUGCCCUGGCCACAGUUGCCACCUUCCACUGCUCAGGGAACAGCUUUUGGGACUACACCCAGGUGUACUGGCUGGGGCCCCUUGCAGGGAUGCUCGCUGCCCUCCUGCUCUACCAAGGCAACAUCCCACGACUCUUCCAGAAAAACCUCCUUUACAGCCAGAGGAGCAAAUACAAGAUACCCAAGGCACGGGUGGUGACGCACGUGGAGGAUAAUGAACCCCGUCGGAAGAGGAAAGGGCAGAAGAGCAACUCUGAGCCUCGUGCCUGAGCUGCCGAUGGGGGCUGAGGAGGUUCCUGCAGCCCCUCUCCUGGCAGUGGGUUUCCUGGGGCAGAGGAUUUUGCUGCUCAUCCCGCCCAGCAUCCCUCCUGCCUGCUCGGUCCCUACCGCAGGGUGAGAUUUUUUAUUUUUUAUUUUUUUUAAAAACAUGGCAAAGGAAUGGGCCAAGCUGCCCUUGCAGGACCUCUGAAUCCCUGAGCCUCUUUGGGAGUAGCUUUGAAAGUCACCCUGAAGAGCCCAAAGCUUUUCAAGCCUGUCUGUGGCGGGGGAAAAUCUAACACUUUUGAAGAAAUUGCUGGUUCUCUUACGUUACCAAGAAGCUUACAAAAAGUCAGGACUAUUACGUGGGUACGCUUGAGCAACCCCCACAUUAUUGCAUCGUGCAACGCUUGAAACAAUCUGUCUGGGUCUCUUGCAGCCAUAAAAAGCAUAAACCAUUAACUGCCAUGGAAACUUGGGAUGAGGAGGAAGCAGGCUUUGAUAUUGUGAGUUAUUAAAUGGAUAUUGGUCAAAAACUGUUGGUUUUUUGAGUUGCACAGGCUGCACCUGGCAGUUCUUGAAGAGGGGUUAAAAAUGCUCCAGGGCAAGGGAGUUCACUGGCCACAGGAGACCAGUACUUAGGUCUGUGGACGCAGUGCUUAGCCUGGGCUCCACGUGCUGUCGGGCAUGGAGAGAUGGUGCACAAAGUGGCCGUGGUUAAAAAGCAAGACCCAGGCAGCUGGUACGCAGCCAGUGUGGGUGAGCAAGUCUAUCCCUGGGCUCCUCUCCAUGUCUACGUGAAAUAUUCCUAAAGAUAAAGUGAUGGCUUGUGGAAAAAUUAAUAAAAAUAAAUGUUGUGAUUGGCA